CGUGCGUGAAGUUUUAGCAUGUGAUGUUUUGUGAAAAGUGUUAAUUUUUAAAGGAAAAUAUCAAAAAUUGUGUAUCGUGUAGUGUAGAAAAGUGUUAAAAAAGGUUCUGUGACUGUUACGGACUGUGUUUUAUGUGUAAGCAGCAUCAAUUACUCCAAACAAAUAUUAUAUGGAUAAAGCCGUCACUUGAGGUGGUUAUAAGACAUGGAGUCUCAUGUUUUAAAUGUGUAUCAUCAUGCUCGCUACCGCACAAUAGAUCAUAAGAUUAUGCGUACAACAAGUGAGUCGCUAUCAUCAGAAGGUAGCUGUGACCAAAACAGUCCUGAAUACCCACAGGAUCAGGCAUCCAGUCAACAUGAGGAAAGUAAUGAAGGAGAGUAUUGGAAUAAUCAAAACAGAAAUUUGUGGAGCCAAAAUCAGAAGAUAAAUAUAACUAAAAGCCAUGAUUCAAGUAUAGAUGAGGAAGAAAUUGAUGUUCAAGAAGUAUCCAUAGAUGAAAGAAUUGAUUCAUCUGAUAAUGAGGUGGAUCCAGAUUCAGCUGAAGAUACCUCUCUUGUCGAGGGUGCAGAUUAUGACGUUAUCCAGGUAUUUGCUGUUGACCCAGAUUUAGAUUUGGAAGGUUCCUCUGAAGAUGAAGAACUAGAACCAGAACAUGAUGAUGAACAUGAAGAUGAAGAUGAAGAAGAAUACCUAAAUUCGGAUGACAAAUCCAACUACACAGAGACUGAUAAUUCCGUUUUGUACCAUCAAAACCCCACAGAUAAUAUAUGUGAAGGUAAUUUAGACAUUAAUUUAGAUGCUUCCAUAGUUUCAAAUGUUGAUGAAUAUUUUAUAGAGGAGAAAGAUAUAUUGGCUGUUAAAGAUGAGCCUGUUGUUAAAGAUGUUGAUGAGUAUUUCAUUAAAAAUGUCAAAGAACUUACACAACCAACUAUUGAGGAAGAUUUCCUAAUACCUGAAAAAUUGCCAGAUGAAUCGGACUUUCGGAUACAAAAAAAUGUCCCUGAUGUUGAAGAAUUUUUUGCAAUUGAUCAUAAUGAUGAUAAGAGUGAAAUUAUUAACGUAAUUAUUCCCGAUCCAGAAACAGAAAUAGAGCCAGAAGUGCCUAUUAAUGAAACAGAAAUAGAGCCAGAAUUGCCUAUUAAUGAAAUAGAAAUAGAGCCCGAAUUGCCUAUUAAUGAAACAGAAAUAGAGCCAGAGUUGCCUAUUAAUGAAACAGAAAUAGAGCCAGAAUUGCCUAUUAAUGAACCAGAAAUAGAGUCAGAAUUGCCUAUUAAUGAAACAGAUCUUGCAGGAUUGCCUAAUAUUGAAGAUUUAAAAAGAUAUCUGUUAGAAGAUAUGCCAUAUAAUAAGUUGAAAAAUGCUCAAAGAUCAUGCAGCGUACCUCAUUCCCCAAUGCAUAAUCUUUGUUUAGAUAUAGAUUCUAAAACUUGUUUAAGCUUUGAAGAUUUGAAUCUUGACUUAUCUGAUUUGUCCUUUGAUAACUGUAAAGACAAAUCUAACAAUAGCUCAAAAAGUGAUGAUAUACCACAAACUCUAACAGAAGAAGAUGUAAAUAGUUUUUUAAUAACUUCUUCAUGUGCUCCUAGUAUAAAAAAUCAAGAUGAUUUAAAGCUUCAAGAUAUGGAAAUUGAUAAACCUGUUGAAACCAUAAUGUCUGAAGAGCAUACUAAAUCAGCUAAAACACUCCCUAUUGAGCCUAAUGCAACUUAUAAGAGCAGCUUAAACAAAAUUCCAGCUAUAAACUCAGCUAAUAUACAAGAUCAACAUCCUGAACUGAAAACUAGCAAUAUUAAACAGGAGCCAAUUUCUCACACUAAAUUACCCAAGAUUCCCUUAAAAUCGAAAUUAACAGUUUUCGAUUUUUGUAUUGAAAAAAAUGUUAAAAAGGAAAGAGAUGUAGAAAAUGACAUUGAUGAUUUUGUGGAUGUUGAGUCUUGCAAUGAUUCUGUUAUACCAGUGCUUGAGGCAAACAAUUUAAAUUCUCUAUUAGAGCAAUUUGAAGCUACUGAAAAAUUAAAUAAGAAGAAAGAAAAAAUUGUUAAGGUGGAAACUACAGUGAAAUCUAAACCAAUAACAAGUUUAACCAAUGGAAUGCGAUUACAGGAUGCUGGUAUCCAAUUGAACAAAAACAAAAUGCGACAAAUUUUGAUGCCAUCAACAAUAAAUACUACAGCAAGAAGAUCUCCAAGCCCUGUGCAUUCAGAUCAUGACUACUGUACCACUAAAAAACGGCACAGCCUUCCAAACAUAACAGGCGGCCGUAGUUUAUUAAAACCUGAGGUCUUAUCCAGCAAUAAUAAGAUCUUAAGUUCAAGGCACAGAUCUUGUAAAAACAAGAAGAUAGUGUAUCAUCAAAGUAGUGAUGAAGAAAGUGAAAAGUGCAAUGCUAGUAAGAAAAAAGUUGUAAACAAUCGUGUUAGUGAUGAUGAUAGUGACAUUAGAAAGAAAUGUAGUAGUAAAGAAACUUUAAAAGUAAAUGCAAACAUUAAUUCACGUAAGAAAGUAUCUCCCGUGCAUUUUGUUUCUAACUGUAGUGUGGAUAAAAAUAACGGUUCUGUGAUGGUGAAAAAUGCUUCUAAAGCAAGUGAUACUGCAAGUAGUCAAAAUUCUAAUGGUAGUCUUAAAUUAACUAUUAAAAAUAAGUGUGAAGUUAUAAUUAGACAUGGUGAUGCUAAGGAACUAGAUAAAACAAAAAGUAGUAUUGCUGAAAAAUCUCUUGUUAAUACUGAUAUGGAAAGUUUCGAGGAAACUAGAUUAGAGAAAUUCAAGCAUGCUAGUGAAAAAAGUCAUGGCGUUAUUGAAAAAAUUAAACAGGCCGAUGAGAAAACUGAUAGAGUUGCUGAGCAAGUCAAACAAGAACAUUCAAAGGCCGAUGAUUUCUACGUUACUCUAUUUAAAGAUAAAAAAGACGUACAAGUACCUCAAAAUAUAACGAAAAAUACGGAAAAACGAAGUCACGAUGACGUCGAUCAAGUUUCACAUGAAUCCACGAAUGGGACUGAAAAUGAAAUACAGCCGCAAAAAAAGAAGAAGCUUAAUCUACAGGAAUAUAAAUUACGCCGAGAAAAUAAUAAUUCAAAUCAAAGUUCGGCGCAAGUGAGUCCAGAAGCAAUAUUCCCAGAAAUGCCGGGUAAUAUUAUUUUGGAUAAACCAAUUUCCAGCAGUCCACGGGAUUUGCCGGCUGCUAUUAAACCUGCAAGUGAUGAACAUAAUAAAGCUACUGUCAGUUCUGAGACUUCUAAAAAGAUUUUCGACCCAAUUCGUGAAGCAUCUAGAAAAAUUCUUAUGAACACUAAGAAAUUAAAGGCCGAGGCUAUAAGAAAACGAGAUGAAGAUUUUAUAAUGAGUAAGAUACCUAAAGUUGAAAACCUGGAAUUACAACCUUUAAUAAGUGAUGCAGAAAUGCUGAAAAUUGUUAAUAUGUCUGCUAAUCCAAUUAUUUCUAUACCGAUUCCGAAAUCGAACGAAGCUUAUUAUCAGCCACCCAAAAACUAUGAUGAAAUUAUUGUUGUAAGUAUGGGCACUAAUACCGACGAAAAAGUUUUCAAGGUAACUGAAUCAAUACCUGAAAUAAAAAGACAUAAACCACUGUCUCCAGCAAAAGAGAAUAAAUCUACUAUAAACUUUAAAAUAAAGAAAUCUGACAAUAUCCUAAAACACAAUGUUUUCGAAUCCAUGAAAACUGAGCACAGCCCUAAAGAUGAUCAAACUGCUGACAUAAAAAUAGAUGAAGAACGCUACAAAGGUAUAGCAGCUACCUUAAAAAGUGUAGGAAAACAAGUAGACACAAAGAUAUCUAGUAAUUCUCUCUUUGCAAGUAUACAAGACGUCGUAAGGAAAAAAGCUACAAAUGCACAUAAUACAAAUUCUCAUCCAGACCACAAACAAAAAUUAAUUACACCAGUACACAAAUUAGAAUUUGUAUACCCUAAACCUAUUAUUGUCCGGGACUAUGAUGAAAAUGCAGACCAUGGCGAGGACAAAAUCAUUCUUCAUUUAGAAAAAGGUAGAACUAAACCAGAAACGCGUGUUGCGACAGUUCAAACCGCUUGUACUGAAGUAUAUAAACAACUCACACUUGAAGUAACUGAACAAAAAACACCAAUAGAACAAACAAUAUCGCCACGAAAAAGGAACGAUAGUGACAUGUCAAUGUCUAGUGAGGGCAGCCCUGAAAGGAAGCUUCCCGUACCAAAGACUGAAAAUAAGCGUCAAGAAUUAAAACGCGAAAGAUCGCCAGUAAAAGAAAAACGUUCACGUUCAAAAGAUCGGCAUGAAAUUAAGUACAGGCGCUCUAGAUCACACUCUCGUGGACAUCGGCGACACAGAUCAAGAACAAGAACCCGAUCAAGGUCCCGUGGAAGAUACAAGAGGUACAGGCGAUCUGAUUCACCGUAUCGAAGAAAAAGACGUUCAAGGUCUCCUUAUAGAUCCCCGCUGCGUCGAGAAUAUCGUUCCGUUCGUUCUGGAUCGAGGUACGCAGAAACUAAAAGCUCAAUUGCUAAGAAAAGUCCGCAAAAGAUCGAAAAAAAGACCAAAUCACUUACACCACCAAUUAGAAAACCAACUGUCUCUGAGAGUUCUGAUACAACUACUUCUUCCAGUUCCUCUUCGCGAUCCAAUACUAGUGGGUCUUCAUCGAUCUCAAGAGAAGCUACCAGCACGUUCCGAGGGAAUAACUCUAGGGCGACAGUUUUUAGGAACUCUUACAGUUCUGAAGAUAGAGAGAGCAAUACGCCCGUAGAAGAAAGACGGAUAGUGUUUGUGGGAAGGUUAGAGCAGGACAUAAAUAAGUCUUUGUUGCGGAGUCAAUUCUCCAAGUUCGGACCCGUUACUGAAGUCAGACUGCAUAGCAAAGAGGAUGGGUCUCGCUACGGUUUUGUAACCUACCAGCGACCGAGGGACGCGUGGACAGCCGUCGAGGCGGCCUCAUCAUUUCCUCAGUAUGAUGUUGGAUUUGGUGGUAGACGAGCAUUCUGCAGGCAGAGUUAUGCAGAUCUUGAUGGGCUUGAGGCAAAAUAUACAGAGUGUGCAUUUCACGGCCAGGCGUCCGCGCCACCCCCGCGCAGGAGCGAUGACAUGUCCUUCGAACAAAUGUUGCUAGAUAUAAAAAAAAAAUUGAACAAUCGUAAAGGAGACAAAAGAGCGGAAGAUAGCGCUUGACGAUUGCUCUCCGCUACCUUCCUUGUCUUUGAGAUCUUAGCUAACUCCAUAUUGGUCUUGAUGUCAUUUUUGACUUUGGCAUGUCGAAAGUGAUCUGUCAAAUUGACAGUUACACUUUCGACGAUGACACGAAGUCGAACACAAUGGGGCAUGGUUCUUGUGUUAAAAAGUGCUAAAAUCAUUGAAACCUCUACAAUUGUAGGUAAUUAUUGUCAUGGACUACAUUAUGUAUAAAUAUGACAUUCACGAGAAUGAUGCCCUAGGUUUUGUUUGCGCGGUAAAGCUGUCAGUUUUGACGUUUACCAAUCGCGAUUUGUGCAAUCGUAAAGACAUAUUGUUUUAUUUUGCUCACUAUGUACCUACUUAGUUGAUCGUAGUACAUUUUUUAGACUGUGUAAUUAUUUUAUUGUAAAUAGUUUAGUUUUAGUAGCUUCGUUAACACUACCUCUUAUUUUUAUAGAAAGUUUGUACAGUCACAGUCAUAAGUGAAAUUUUUAAAGAGUCCCUAAAGUCUGUCCUUUUGAGACUAAUCAUGUCUAGCCCGAAGUCUGGUUUGAAUCUCAGGAGAAACAUGUUUCGGUUCAAGGCUGGCAGACCAUAUUUGACAGUUUUGGGACUACUUCAAGCACUGUAAAUUUACAAAAUACAAUUUCACUUAUGAUUUGUAAAUGUUCAUAGACAAUAAUAUUGUUUUUGAUCAAAACCACUGACUAGAGGAGGAAAGCUUUCGAGUAUGUCUUCGAAAGUCAAUAUAAAUUUAAAUUGAAAGUUUUCCUCCUCGAAGUGUAUCAAGUUUUAUAGAGGCUAAGUUUGAAAUCAUAAAAUGUACAUAAUUUCAGAAUCCAUCCAGUUUUAAGCUUGAGAUUUAUAUAUCAGGGAUUUUCAAUGCCAUUAUAACUUUAGCUUCUUGUACAUGAUAGAACUGCGAUGAUAUUUUUAUACGAAAACACUAAAUGAAAUACAAUUUUUUAAAUAAAAACGCGUUUACUUAUUAAAAUAUUCCUAUAGUCACUGGUGACUUAAAAUUAAUAGGUGACAGAACUGGUAAUGUAAGGUAGAGAUGGAUUUUAUUUGAUAAUGUUUUUCAUUUAAGUGUAUUAGUAUAUUUACAAAUUUUCAUUUGGGUCACAAGUUAUGAAUUAUUCUUGCGUUUGCAGCUUAAAAUCAUACAAUCUUCUGUCUUUUCGAAAAGAAAAAUAAGAUAAGAGGUUUAUAAAUAAUUUGGCAAGUUGUAAGAUGCGCAGUUGUUUUUAUAUUGAAAUAGGAUACGCAACUUAUCCCUACAACGAAAUCUUGUCAGCUUUUAAUACAGAAUAAUUAGUUCAUGACUUGUGAUAAUAUAUUAAUAAAUAUAUCGUAAUGCAAUCAUCAAUGCAAAUUUACCUUUUAUAGGUUUUAUGAAAACUAAUAGUUGUUGAAUAUAGAGUGCUAAAAUUUGAAAUGGUUUUGCAAAUGAAUUAUAUUCUAGCUUUUCUAUGCUUCCAUUUUGUCUGUGCCAAAUUUCUGUUCCUAAUCUGACUGAAUAGAUAUAAUCACAUUUUUAUAUGGUGCCCUUGACAAAAGUAUCAUGCGUCUGCCUAGUACGAAAACGACUGCUUGAUUGUGAUUGGUUAAACGUGUCGAGUGUCUAUGAACGAGAGACGCUUUUGACAAAGCGCGAAACGUGACGUCAUUUCGUCUCUCGUUUUAUUUUCACCAUCCUGUUUUGCUUACUGAUCACGUGACCAGCGCCCAUACCCUAUAAUGCCUAAUAGCGAUUACAAUAGCCAGCCGGACGUUAAUAGUUCUCUUUUGGGAUCAUGUGGUACAAAAAAUUAACAAUGAAGUCUAUUCUAUUAGCAGUUUCAGAGUACCGGCGCAGUACAUUAUGAAUUCUAUUGAUAUGGAUUCACGCGUACCGUAAAAUACUUUUGUUUAUGGCUCAUAUUCACACGUUCGUUAUCUGUGGAGUUUAGAAUGCGGUUUUUAAAAACGAACAACGGUUCGCGUCGUUCUGUGAUUAGUCAACAGCGUCAGACGAAUCACUAUUAAGCUUUAGGAUCCGUUUUUCAAUAAAUUUUAUAGAAAUUUAUAAAUGUAUUAAUACAUUAAUAUCAAUAAAGGAAUUUGGUCAAACUAGUUUCCGUCGUAACAGCUAUAAUUUAGGAGCGCACUUGGACUACAAAAUGUUUGCUGUUUAAAAACCAUCAUUAAUAUUUUUACUCAUAAAAAAACCAAAGAAUACCCUAAUUUUUCAUUAGCUUUUGCAAAUC